AGGGCGUGUCGUUGACGCCUCCCUCUCGGAGAUGGCGUCCCUGCUGCAGUCGGAGCGGGUUCUCUACCUGGUGCAGGGGGAGAAGAAGGUUCGGGCCCCGCUCUCACAGCUCUACUUCUGCCGCUACUGUCGAGAGCUGCGCUCGCUGGAAUGCGUGUCGCACGAGGUGGAUUCCCAUUAUUGCCCCAGUUGCUUAGAAAAUAUGCCAUCUGCUGAGGCCAAACUGAAAAAGAAUAGAUGCGCCAACUGCUUUGACUGUCCCGGCUGCAUGCACACCCUCUCCACCCGAGCAACGAGCAUCUCUACACAGCUCCCAGAUGACCCGGCCAAGACCACCACGAAGAAAGCCUACUACCUGGCCUGUGGGUUUUGUCGCUGGACUUCGAGAGAUGUCGGCAUGGCAGACAAAUCUGUGGCUAGUGGCGGUUGGCAGGAACCUGAAAAUCCUCAUACACAAAGGAUGAACAAACUGAUUGAAUAUUACCAGCAACUUGCCCAGAAAGAGAAAGUUGAGCGUGAUCGCAAGAAACUGGCAAGGCGUCGAAAUUACAUGCCUCUUGCUUUUUCGCAACACACAAUUCAUGUCGCGGACAAAUACGGUCUUGGAACCAGACUUCAGCGCCCACGAGCUGGUGCUUCCAUCAGUACCCUGGCUGGACUUUCCCUUAAAGAGGGAGAGGACCAGAAAGAGAUAAAGAUUGAGCCAGCUCAGGCUGUUGAUGAAGUGGAACCUCUACCUGAAGACUAUUACACAAGACCAGUAAACUUGACAGAGGUGACUACCCUUCAGCAGCGCCUCCUGCAGCCGGACUUCCAGCCAGUCUGUGCUUCCCAGCUCUAUCCUCGCCACAAGCACCUUCUAAUAAAACGGUCCCUACGCUGCCGGAAAUGUGAACAUAAUUUGAGCAAGCCAGAAUUUAAUCCAACAUCUAUCAAAUUCAAAAUCCAACUGGUUGCUGUCAAUUAUAUCCCAGAAGUGAGGAUCAUGUCAAUUCCCAACCUUCGCUGCACGAAGGAGAGCCAGGUGCUCCUGACUCUAACCAACCCGGUGGAGAACCUCACCCAUGUGACCUUGUUGGAGUGUGAAGAGGGGGACGCUGAUAACAUCAAUAGCACUGCAAAGGUAAGAGGGUUUAUCUCACCUGAUGCUAUGGUGGCCAGCUCUUCAGAGGCCUCCUGUUGUGCAUUUUCAUGGUUUGACAGGGCUAACCCGAUGCUGUGUUUGUUCUCUCGUAGCAUCAUAGCCUUCCGAAAGGCCAACAAAGUGGGGAUUUUCAUCAAAGUUACCCCACAGCGUGAGGAGGGUGACGUGACCGUGUGCUUUAAGAUGAAACAUGAUUUUAAAAACCUGGCCGCACCCAUCCGCCCCAUGGAGGAAAGUGACCAGGGCACAGAAGUCAUCUGGCUCACUCAGCAUGUGGAACUCAGCCUGGGCCCGCUUCUCCCGUAAAGGGUCCCACUGGUAGGCAGAGCCCAAGGGAGGUUUGCGUGACCCUGUGUUAAAAAUCGAAGCACUGCUUCGUUAGGCCUUGUUUAUUAACGAUGUACCUGUGCACUACUGAAUGCAGUUCUUAGGAGAGUGGGGGCAGAGGCGAGGUGUUAAGAACAUGGAGAAACAUGCUCCUCCUGCUGUCCCUUCUGUGUCACCAGAGCUUGUGUCUCCACCACUGAACCCUGCACGUUGUAACAGGCUACAUCUGUCCCAAGAAGGGGGUGGUGUCAGAUUUGCUCCCUGAGACUGUCUGAAGUGUCUAAAAAGUGUCUCCUAUUUGGAUCUCAGAGGAUCAGACUGUCACAGGGAAAGUGGAAAUGAUAACCCUGCUACUAAGUCCCAGUGUGGGUCUCCGUGGACCAGCUGCUGUUUGCUUGCACUGGAUGUAAUCUUCAGUCUGUACAACCCUCUGUUUUCCAUCAAGACUCCUGUCUUGCCAUUGAUUUCCAUUUGGGGUCAAAAGAGAAUUGCUCUCUGGGGACUGGGACCUGUGAGUUUCAUAAGGCACACUCAUUUCCUCUCAGUUAAAACAGGACAGGUAUUCUUAUCUAUUGGUUGCUCUUCAGUUUUCCCACAGACUUUGUCUUUACCAAAAAUCUGAGCAGCAAAGAAUUGUGUUGUGCCAAGGGAGCAGUCUUUGUAUCCCGUCCUCCCUACACCCCUCUGCUUUGCCCUUUAAAUCUGUAGCUUAUUUUGGGUAUUUGGGAAUUGGAAAGAGUCCAAAGAGUACUUAAGGGAACGAGUUCACUCCCAGAUGCAAAAAACAUUUUAAAGGUUAGGUUUUUUAAGGCAUCAUCUGAACUAAAGGGGAACUUGACCAUUAUGAUCCUGAGUUCAAAACUGGGUAUGCAGAAGUGAGCCUUUUCUCCUUCCUGGAUUUGUGGAUUGUAUCACACCAAGCAAGGCCACUUGGAUGGUCAAGGCUGAGGUAGUGGUGCAGAGCAUAUUGGCCAGGACACUGGCCUCCCAGCACUCGCGCUUCCCCGGGGCUUGCUGGAGUGGGGAGGUUGGCCUUCAUUUCUGUGUUGUUUUCUGGCAAAGUUUGCCACCAGCUGCACCUCAUGCUCAGUAAACGUAUUGUUAGCAACGGGCCAACAGAUACUCAGAGGAAAGAAAAUGGUCGUUUCACCUGAUUUUACUUUUAAGUUAUAGUCUUUUAUUUAAGUAAAUAGAUAUACUGUAAUCUGGAAUUCAGACAUGACAGAGUAUCUUUCCCAUUGAAAGAUAGAAGUAUUUAGAAAGCCUUUGUAAAACACUAAAUUGUUCUCUUAGGAUCAAGCCAAUUAUAUGAAACCAUAUUCCUACAAAAUAAUAUAUAUCUGCUGCAUUGUAAGAAAAAAAUUACUCAUCUCUCUAAGACUAAGAUGAAUAGAAUGUAGCCUCUUGGGAGCUGGAGUUGGGGGGUAGGUAGUGACAAACUUGCAGACUAUGGAAAGAGUUUAACCUUUUGUAAACCCACAGUGUCAAAAUAAUUUUUAUUUAUCUUUUUACUAAAGCCUAUGAUAACGCCACUGCCCCCUACUGGUCAGUGGAGAAAAUGGGGCUCAAAAUAGAGAGGCUCCCUUGGGAUGGUCACAUGCUUGUAUAGACAACACAGUUUGUGUGUAUGGCGUAUAACGUAUAUAUGUUCCCAAAUGUAAUAAUGUUACAGUAAUAGGCUUCAGACAGCCAUAAAGACAUUUUUGAUCAUAGAAUAAUUAUUCAGAAGCCAAAUUAACAAGCAGAAAAGCAAAGCCGGGUUUAAUACUUCCUCGUGAUAGUUUAUAAUGCAAGCUGGUGUUUUGUGCGUUCAAAGAAAUAGCUCCUAAUUCAGCUGGUGAAUUAGCAAUUGUAUUUGUUUAUUUUUUAUGUUAGAUCAGAUGUACAAUUGUUUAAUGCUAGUAGUGUGGACCCCUAUAGGAGAACUAGAUGCUGGUAGCACUUAAAACCAUAAUUUCGGAAACAAGGCUAAAUUUUUCAGAUUGGUGAUUUGACUACUUUAUUCAAAGUGCUCAUAGGCGUAAUGAACUGUAUGUCAUCCCUAUUUGUGAAGAAACAUCUUUGGUCCCUUUGGGGAAUAAGAGUCGCCCCUUCUUGGUCCUUAUUCAAAGACAGGAUUACUGUUUUGCCUUAUUGCUUAACUUGCUGUAGUGAAAUAAAGCAGAUGAAGCUUG